AUCAUACUAAUCUGAGGUCGAGCUUGGUCGAAGAUAAAAGUUGCAUUGCUUCUAUAUUCUUGAAGAAUGCUCGUAAGGUGCUUAUGGGAGAUCACAGUUCUUGUGGGCGUCUAACCGUUUAAAUCGAGCAUAUUGAUAUGGGAAGCAUGAACCGCAGUGGAUUUUGUAGGAAAAACUGUAGUGCCAGGUUCAUUAUCACAACAACUAUUGGAGCUGUUUUCGGACUUUUUGUUGGUGUUUCCUUUCCAUCUGUUUCCCUUGACAAGAUUCCAAACUUACCUUCAAGCCUUGGACUGUCUGUUGAUGUAGCUGCAUCUAAUAGCAAACAGUUCUAUAUUAUCAAAUCUUCCGAAACAACUCGAAGCAAUAUUUCCAAGAUUUACGUUCCAACAAAUCCUCGUGGUGCAGAAUCAUUACCUCCGGGAAUUGUCGUUCCAGAGACCGACCUUUACCCUCGCAGAUUAUGGGGUGAUCCUAGUGAGGAUUUGAAGAAGAAACCAAAGUAUUUAGCAACAUUUACAGUUGGUAUUGACCAGAUGGUUAAUAUUGAUAAAUGUGUUAAAAAGUUUUCUGAGGAUUUUCAAAUUUUACUUUUUCAUUACGAUGGCCGGACCACUGAAUGGGACCGACUGGAGUGGUCAAAGAAUGCAAUCCAUGUUAGUGCAAGGAAACAAACAAAAUGGUGGUAUGCAAAAAGGUUUUUGCAUCCGGAUAUUGUUUCUGCUUAUGAAUAUAUAUUUAUCUGGGAUGAAGAUCUGGGUGUGCAAAACUUCAAUGCAGAUAGAUAUAUCAAACUUGUCAAGAAGCAUGGCCUGGAGAUCUCACAACCAGGUUUGGAGCCCAAUUAUGCACUGACAUGGCAGAUGACAAAGAGGAGAGCUGACCGAGAAGUUCACAAGUUUACUAAGGAGAAACCUGGCUGGUGUAGUGAUCCACGUUUUCCACCAUGUGCCGCUUUCGUGGAAAUUAUGGCGCCGGUAUUUUCUCGGGAAGCUUGGCGAUGCGUAUGGUAUUUGAUUCAGAAUGAUUUGGUGCAUGGAUGGGGGUUGGAUUUUGCUCUCAGAAGAUGUGUUACACCUGCCCAUGAGAAAAUUGGCGUUGUAGAUUCAGAGUGGAUAGUUCAUCAAGUGAUUCCUACUCUCGGCAACCAGGGUGAACCUCAUGCCGGGAUAUCUCCUCGAGACGCAGUUAGAAUAAGGUCGAAAAUCGAGUGGGCAAUGUUUCAGAAGCGAAUCGCGAAUGCGGACUUGGAAUACAUAGCUCAACUUACAAAUGCAAAGGGAUAAACUUUUUUUACCAUCUUUUACCC